AUCUCCAUAUCACUCGUUUUCAGCAUUUUCCUAAAAUUGUUUCUUCAAUUGCUCUGAGUUGCAAUUAGUUUCUGUGUAUAUAUCCAUACUUUUUCAUUUCAAGGAUGUCUGAGGAGCAUCAUCAUCAUCUGUUUCACCACAAGAAAGAGGAGGAGGUGAGUGCUGAUGCAGCGAACAGCGUUUAUGUAGAGCAGACGACUGUUGAGUAUGGCAGUGAAGACAAGUAUGGGAAGGCGAUAAAGGAGGAAAAACACCACAAGCAUUUGGAACAUGUUGGUGAAUUCGGCGCUGUGGCUGCUGGAGGAUUUGCAAUGUAUGAGAAGCACCAAGCAAAGAAAGAUCCAGAGCAUGCUCACAGGCACAAGAUAGAGGAGGAGAUUGCUGCUGCUGCUGCUGUGGGCAGUGGUGGAUUUGCAUUCCAUGAACACCAUGAGAAGAAAGGAGACAAGAAAGAAGCUGAGGAAGCCAGUGGCAAGAAGCAUCACCAUCUCUUCUGAUUUCCAGUGCUCAUAAUAAAUCUAUUGCAGAAAAUAGAUAUAUGUUUGCUUUAAGUGUGGGACUUCUCCAAAAAUUAUGUAUACUCUGUAUUUGAGUGUUUGUUAUUUUGGAGAAAAUUAAUAAAAAGGAGUUUUCUUCAAUAUUUGACUAUCACUUUGGCAAUGGUCACAUGUAUUGAAAAUAUUUUAAUAAAAAUACUAUCUAGUUCUUCUUUA